AUGUACAACCAAAUGCUAAGCUUCACAGCACUGGGAGAAAUACCAUCACCUCGGCAUCAACCUCAACCUCAACCCAAUCCCAACACACCUCUUGGACAUCCCAAAAGGCAACGAGAGGAGGUUCACAAGUCCACGUCACCACUCAAUGAUCGUGAUAACCCUUCUCCUAAGAGAGUGAGGAUAAUCCCCCCUUCAUCCUACUACCCAGAUCCUCUGCCACCAAUCCCAAAUUCCCUGAAGACCGGAUGUCAGAUGUCUCAGAGGUUCCUACCACCAAUUAACCUCAGAGAUUGUGGCAUCAAUACAUAUGUUCCUACCCAAAAGCAACAUGACCAUCACCAGGUGUAUGCAUGCACAUCAUGUGGGUCAAUGGAGUCUCGUGCUGCAGUGAACCUGGAAACUCACAAGGGCGUUCUGAUGGAGGUUCAACGAGCUGAAAUUAUUCUUGCCACCCUCCGCCAGCAAAAUCUGACGAUUGGUCAAUUCUUUGCAAUCAUUUUAGACCCAGAGAAUGAAGAUAAACUAACCCAAAACUCACAAUCUGCACUCGCUGCUUUUCUCCAAGGACAGACCAAGAUGGGAACCCAGCCCAUCAAUGCCGUGCAACUAAUGUUUCACCAUCAGUUGAGUCAGGACAGACUGCAUGAAACUAGCACCACUUACCAUCCCCUUCCCAUAUAUGCACGACCACCUGCCGUCCCAUCAUUCCACCCAGAUAUUUCUGCAACAUGCACGACGGCAGGUGUGACGCUAGUCCCAGGAUUCGACAACAUAAAUGUUUGGGAUGGAGUGAGGGCUCACAAUAGUUUGAAGCAGUAUUUCCUUCGUGAAGUUCUGGAUGAGAUUAACAGUGAGAUGAAAUCCCUUGUUAAAGAAAGCACCCUCCAUGCAGAUGGUUCUAUAGCACUCACCUGGGCCAAAAUGAUGACAUUCUCAUUCACACACACCCAGGAGUUGAUACAGAAGAGAGCUCCGGCGAUGUGGUCAAUCCUCACAAUGGCAGCAGUUGGCAAUGGGAACGUCGGCCGCUUGUUGUCUGUGCAAAAAGAAGCCCAGGAGGGUGCGAGGGGGCGCAGCACAAAUAACAUGAGAGACCCAUGGCUGGGAUGUACUGUGACAGCUUUAAUCCUGGCGUACUUCCAUUCUGUGAAAGCGAACAUGAUGCAGACAGUAAUUGGCAACACCCUAUUCACAACUAGUGCUCACCGGUCAGUCCAUGCCAUGCUGGGUCACAUGGGUAUCGCAACGGCAUACAGCAGUACCAUUGGACGACUCCACAGUCUCGGAUUAGAUAAGAAAGCAACAUUGAAAGCAAUAGGGCGCGUGGUUGUUGCAGGAAAAGUUCAGAUUCACCUCCUUUAUGACAACAUCAAUCAGUACCACCAGGCAUGGAGAGCCAACUUGACGACUCAGAGUGCGCUGGAAAGCGGGAUGGCAGCAACGGUCAUUGUAAAUCCAGAUGUGGAUCCAAAAGCAUUCGAUGGCCCAGGGAUUCUCACCAAAUACAUCCCUGAGUUGGCACGAUUCAAGCGGGAUGUCGACAAUUUCCAAUACAAGAAGCACGCAAAGCACCGCAUCAAGCUGGAGAAGACAGAGUAUCAUCCACUAGAGUGCUCGGGCUUUAAUGAGGCCUACACUCAGGGAAACCGCGAUGUCAUUCUUGAUGCAUUUGUCCGUCAGUUAGGAGUCAGCCGCAAGGAAUUGGAAGGGAGGCAGUUUCCAGUGUCCGGCAAUCAAUCUACCAUUGCACGCAUUCGCACGUUGCUUGCACAAACAUCGACAUGCCGCACCUGGUUUACUUCUCAUAAAUGGGUCCUUCCAGUCAUCGAACUUUGGCACAUGAAAUGGACAUUUCUGAAGGGUAUUUACAAAGCACACUGGGCAUCUAAAGUCGGCAAAGGCGAUAUCGGUCUUCACUUUGCAGCUGAUCGACUGGGGCGUGAGAUUAACCCUGAUAAAGUCGACUUCUAUCCAGGUAAACAUUCAUUCCCACUUUCAAUUCGUGUAUUUCGACUGAUGGGAACAUUGGAAGAACCAUAUUACGUGGACACUCAGCACCCCAAUUAUUGGUGUCUUCAGGUCGCGCUGAUAGGCUCCACCUCUUGGAAGAACUGA